GUUUAUGCAAGAGACAGGGAAGCUUGAUUUCGGUGCCUGAGGCUACCGGAAGCGGGACUGCCAACAACUUAUGCCUGAGGCAUGAAUCUGUUUUUCCGGCUUUCUCCGGCAAGAAUCUCGCGCACUGCGUCGCAGCAUCACCAAAACCGUCAAUUCGAGAACCCUCGCCAACCAUUGCAGCGCGCCCCUUUUCUUUCCACCUCGGUCGUCACGAUGCCUUCCCCCUCAAUCCCCAAGGAGUCGUAUUCCGGCUACCAUAGCCCUUAUGCCCCGAAAUACCAGUUCCAGCCUCAGCUCUUCGGCCUGACGGCCAAGUCCCUGUUCCCUUUGGCGUUCAAGGCGGGCGCAUUCGGCGGCGUGGCUCUGUUCACCGUCAUCUUCUACACAUCGGGCAUUCCCAAGAUACAGCAAGACAUCCUGAUGAGAGUUCCCUACCUUCGCAACUACUACAUCAAGGAAAUCCCGGCGUCUGAUAGCCCGUUCUAAGCUUUUUGCCAUUCAGAGAGUCUUGCACAGACAGCAUGGAGUGAAAGCGUUGGCGCCGACUGGGUUAGACUGGGAGCGAGCGAGUGUUUCUUGGAGACACCCUCUGGUGUUUGCGACGGCGUGUAAAACAGCAGUUCUAUAGACAUUGAAACAAAACUUCAAGCCACA